AUGUCCAAAAUAAUAAAUAAAAAAUAUUUGGAUAUGCAGUUAUUAAGAGUUUUUCUUAUUCGACAUGGUCAAUCAAUGUAUUAGAGUUUAAAGAUUGUUUCUGGCAAGAACGAAUUUGGUUUGAGUGGACUAGGUAUUGUGCAAUCCAAGAGAACUGGAACCCUGUUACAAUCUGUUAAAUUUAAUUAGGUUUAUACAAGUGACUAUAAAAGGUACUUAAAAUAUUAACAAUAGAUGUAUAGAAUCUUAUUCUCACAUCGAAAAUUAGUUAAAUGAAAAACCGAGAGUUAUCACAUAUACACCAUUGUUAAGGGAGAUUGGAAUGAAGGAAGAAAUGUUAAAAUCUUAUUAGGAUGCUUUCGUACUUUCUAAACCAAAAUAAUCUCCAUAACUUAAUGUUGAAACUUAGGAAAGAGUUGAAUCCUUUAUACAUCAACUUAUUAGAGAUUAAAUAUAUAAAAAAUCUUAUUAAUUUGUAAUUAAUUAUAUAACAAUAGUUUUCAUCAAAGUAUUAAUCAGGAUAACAAAUAGAUAUAAAUAACCUAUACAACCCUUCAGUUUAAUAGUUUAGUUCAUAUUCAAAGAGCUCCGGAAUGAUUAACAUUCUUGUAUUAAGUCACGCAGGAUUUAUUGCUGAAACUUUUAAAUAUCUUUAUUAUAAGUAAAAUAUGAAUUAAUCAAACUUUGAUCAACCAUGUAUUUAUGCCAAAAAUGGAGCUAUAUUUCAAUUAGAUUUUUAAGUUUACGAUCUUAAUAAUUGGAGUUGUAAUAUUUCAUUAAUGAACUCUAAAAGAAAAAUAAAUACUCCUUUUGAAUCAAUAUAUUGA